AUGGCCGAGCGGAUCCUAAUGAACGAGUUCCGCACCCUGUCGCGUGAGAAAUGGGUGAACAUCGAGCUGCACAACGAUGACAUCUUCAAGUGGGAUAUUGCCUUAAUCGUGCUCAACAAGGACUCGGUCUAUUACGGCGGCUAUUUCAAGGCUCGAAUGACGUUCCCCAAGAACUACCCUUACGCGCCUCCAGAGUUCCGCUUCCUGCAGCCUCUCUACCACCCAAACAUCUACACCGAUGGCCGCCUCUGCAUCUCCAUCUUGCACGCUCCAGGCGAAGACGCACUGUCCGGCGAAUCUGCCGCGGAGCGCUGGUCCCCCGCUCAACGCGUCGAGUCCGUCCUGAUCUCCAUCCUCUCGCUACUCGACGACGCCGAAUGCUCCUCCCCGGCCAACGUCGACGCAGCGGUGAUGUUCCGCACCAAUCACGACCAGUACUGUGCUAUCGUGAAGUCCCAGGUGGAGAAAUCCAAGACCAACAUGCCCCCAGACUUCGUGAUGCCGGUCAGUGAGGCGGUGACCGUCCCGGAGGUCGAAAAGGAGGAGCCUGAUUUCUGGGCUGAUUCGGACGUCGAUAGCGAUGUGUUUGGAGGCAGUGAUUCUGACGAGGAUCUUGAUAUGGAUCAGUCCUCGCCUAGUGAUGAGGACGACGACGAUGAGCAGCAGGAUAUGGAUGAGGAGUAA